CCAACAUCGCUCAUGGAUGAAUACUUCCAGGCAGGGUAUACCUACCAGAACCAAUCAGGCGGGGAUUAUAUUCCUCUUCUCGACGCUUUGAAAGAUCUUCUUGAGGGCAAGAUUCAGGCUGGAGUAGCGGCAGCACGAGUCGCAUCUUUCGUCUUCUCGAAAAGGAUCUCCUUCCCGCCUACGAUAAUCUUUAUCACCGGUGCUGCACACAUCGUCCCUGAAAAAUACAAACUUGCGGAACUUAUCAUCGAGCUUUCCAGACUACCCGACGCUUGCAACGGGAGCCAGGACUUUGUGUACCAGCAAAGUAACGACGGCCAAUUUGCUGCUCGGCCUGGCGAGGUGUUCACAAUCAACGGUCAGAAGAUCUGGGCUGACCUCCCCCUUUUGACGUCUAUCUCUGUGAUUCCAUUUACAAAAGGACCAAUGGCUUACAUCAGCGACGGACUGGCAGAGCAUCUGGCAGAACAACGAUGGCUUAACUUGAACACCUUCGCGGCAUACCUGAUUUGCGACAGCGAUCGUUCUGGACAUUCCUUUGAUUAUCUGUUUCACUAUGCUUUCCAGACUCUUACCCAGGCGCUGGAGUAUGAUCCAAGUGCUGUUGAUGGAGCGGAAGCCCUACUCCACCUUAGCUCUGCUUGCAGGUGGGUUUUGAUCGCUGGAGAGAAGCUCGUUAAGAGGACUGUGGUAGCACCUUGGUAUGCAGGAACCGGGCCUACAUGGUUAGCUCAAGACGGGACAGAUCUCAUCGAUGAAAGUCGAUGGGCAGCAUGGGCCAAUAGACUGGAUGAGUUGGUUCAUUCGAACAUGAUUGCAGAAGAAGUGAAAACCUUGACAAGAGAGUCUGCGAACAAGAUUCGAAAAACCUAUCUUCAUAGCACUAGACAGGUCCUUCAUAAGGUUGAAUAG